AUGGCGCUGCGAUGACCGCACUUGUUCAUUGGGAGACCAACUUAAGUCAGCAUAGUGCAAGCGAGAUAUCUGCGUCGCUUGCGCGAUCACCCAGACUCGCGCGUCCCGUGUCAGCAGGUGCUCGGUUCCCACCGUCGGACACCUAACUCACUCGCAGGAAAGCCACGCUCGUUCCUUCGAGGCGUCGAUCGUGGCACGGCGUCGCCGCAUGUGCUUCCAUCGAAUGGGUGUCUCUCUCUUGCGCCGACGUUGCAUGCGGCUGGCGUAUCCCAACAGGUGGUGGGAUUUGGAGCCACUGUUUGGCCGCCACUACUCCACUUUGUCAAGUAUCGUGUCCCAGGUGCUCACGCACAUUGAAGGCAACUUUGGACACCUGCUGGACUUAACUAAGAACAAGUGGCUGAACAUUGCUGAACUAGGUCGUUUUUCUCAGGCAAUGCAUCGCAGAGGUGCACCACUUAAAAACUGUUGGGGGUUCGUGGAUGGGACAGCGAGACCGAUUUGCCGGCCAUCGGUGAACCAGAGAAUAUAUUUCUCUGGUCAUAAGCGCGUCCAUGCUGUGAAAUAUCAAUCUAUCAUGUGCGCCAACGGCAUCGUGUGCGAUCUUGACGGCCCCUAUCCAGGUCACAGACACGACGCCGGUAUCCUGGGAGACAGCGGCCUUUACAGCAGGCUCGAGCACUUGGUGCAGGGUUCCUUGUACACCAUCUAUGGCGACCCUGCAUAUCCACUACGCCCACUGCUGAUGCGCCCAUAUGCUGGCUCUUCUCUGACAGAGGCACAGCAAAGGUUUAAUACCGGCAUGAGCACAGUCCGCCAGGCCGUAGAAUGGGGGUUCGGCAAGACUGUUGGACUGUUUGCGUUUUUGGACUUUAAAAAAACCAAAAGAUUCUUCUACAAAAUGUACCUCAGAUGUACAAAGUAGGUACAAUCCUUGCAAACUGCCAUACAUGUUUGU